GCGGCUCCCAUCGAGGGACAGUUCAUGUGAAACCGAGCGCUUCACCCGUCGAACCGCUUCACGCUUACCGGACACCGAGCUCCACCGGAGAGACGACCCUCACCUCCGCAGCGCAGACUGCAUCUAACCUUCAGAGGCAUCAAGUCUUUCUACGUCCCAGUGCCACACUCUUCGUAGCAUUUCCAGGUUGAAGGUGACCUGAUCGCCACUCAUUUGCCCAUUGCUCCAUCCCAUGUCUGAGGACAGGGAUCCAAAGCACUACCUGUACUCAACCCUGGACAGUCUUAAGCGGAACCGGGAAAGGGUCAGCUUUCGCAUGGAGGAAGAAUCAGGCUCUCCCUGCGGCUCCAUUAGCCAACUUCACCAUAUGGCCAACAGUUACAACGAGGGUUGUGGGCGGCGGGAUGGGGUCCAGCUGGAACCACAGCUGGGUUUGGCCUCCGAGGGGAGCGACAGCAGCCAUGAACACCCGGCCUCGGCAGGCUCCCCUCAUGACGAUAGGAAGCGGGCGCGCCCGACCUUACACGAAGAUGUAGAGAUGGGUGGCAGCGGCUCAAGUGGGAGCGGGACAGAAUCCCACGGUAACGAAUCGCACGGCAAUGAUUCCCAUGGCAAUGAAUCUGUGGGCAGCUCCAGUGGCAAUGGCAAGGACUCGGCCCUCCAUGAGUCGUCAGCAAGCAACAAGAGCUCCAACUCUCACAGCCCGUCGCCGCCUAGCAGCUCCAACGCCUUCAGUCUGUUGAGCUCCGAGCAGGACAACCCGUCAACCAGCGGCUGCAGCAGCGAACAGUCGGCCAAGGCUAAGACUCAGAAGGAGCUUUUCAAGACCCUCAAGGCGCUAAAGAUGCACUUGCAAUCGGAGAAAAGGAGCAAGGGCAAGUCCAGCACCAUCAACACGCUCAAGUAUGCACUGCGAUGUGUCAAACAGGUGAAAGCCAAUGAGGAAUACUACCAGAUGCUGAUGAUCAACGACAGCCAGCCAUCAGGGUUUGAUGUAUCAUCCUACACCAUUGAGGAAAUCAACCGCAUCACAUCUGAAUACACCAUGAAAAACAAUGAUAUAUUUGCAGUUGCCGUCUCACUCAUCACAGGAAAGAUUGUUUACAUCUCAGACCAGGCGGCAUCCAUUUUGAACUGCAAGCGGGAACGCUUCAACAAUGCCAAGUUUGUGGAGUUCCUAACGCCACAGGACGUCAGCGUGUUCUACAGCUUCACCACGCCCUAUCGGUUGCCCUCUUGGAGUAUGUGCACUGGAACAGAGUCGUCUCCCACGGAGUGCAUGCAGGAGAAGUCCUUCUUCUGCCGCAUCAGUGGAGGUAAGGAGCGUGAAGGGGAUCUUCAGUAUUAUCCAUUCCGUAUGACUCCCUACCUCAUGAAAGUCCAGGAUGCUGAGCUGGCUGAGGAACAGUUCUGCUGCCUCCUGCUGGCUGAAAGGGUGCACUCUGGAUAUGAAGCUCCCAGAAUCCCCCCUGACAAGCGCAUCUUCACCACCACACACACGCCUAACUGUGUGUUCCAGGAUGUGGAUGAGAGAGUAAUUAUGGUUGUUUCUCCUUCAGGCUGUUCUCUGCUGGGUUACCUCCCUCAGGACCUGAUCGGGACCUCUCUGCUGCUCAAUCUGCACCCUAGUGAUCGACCCUUAAUGCUGGCUGUUCACCGCAAGAGUCCUUUGAUGAUGGACACCCAGCCAGGCCUGUCAAACAUGAAGGCACCUAAAAAGCAUCCAUCUGGGGCUGCUGCAGUAGUAGGAGGCCCCCUGGCCCCCCUCACUCUACCAAGCAAGGCUGAGAGUGUGGUGUCCAUCACCUCACAGUGCAGCUACAGUAGCACCAUUGUUCACGUGGGAGACAAGAAGCCUCAGCCAGAGUCUGAGAUAAUCGAGGAUGUGGCAGAGAGCCCAGCGCCUCCAGCUCUGCCCGUAAGCAUGGUGUCUCCGCUAAGCCAGGAAAAGGAAACCUACAAGAGGCUGGGACUGACCAAGCAGGUGCUGGCAGCACACACACAGAAAGAAGAGCAGACCUUCCUGAACCGCUGCAGAGAACUCUGCAACGUCAGGAGCUUCCAGAAAGACUGUUCCAAAUAUCUGCAAAUGCAAAGAGGCCAAGCCAACGCUGAAGAAUCCUCUGGACUUCGAGGGGCUGUCAAACAUGGCACCACCAGACCUGAGACCAAUGCUAAGAAGGGCAACCGUAGCAGGAAGUCAAAGAAGCCACGAAUGAAGCAUCCUGAUUCGUCAGACAGCGCCACGUCUAACCGCAAACCCAGGCCCCCUCUCCAGGGACUCAACCAGACCUCGUGGUCGCUGUCGGAAGCCUCUCAGUCAGCUUUCAGCGUCUCCUACCCUGCCAUGGUGCCUGCGUACCCGCUCUACUCCCCAGCACCCGCUACCCCCGCUCAGCCCCCUCAUCUUGACCCCUCACUUUCCACAGGCUUUGGAGAGAGGCAGAGCACUCAAGCCCCGCCCACAGCCGCUCCAUUCCCCACUCCUAUUGUUACACCAGUGGUGGCUCUGGUUCUGCCAAAUUACCUCUUUCCGCAAAUAGGACCAAUAGGACCAAUAGGACCAAUAGGACCGAUAGGACCGAUAGGACCAAUAGGGCAGCUGGGCGCUGCUCCCAGUCCAGCGUUUUUUCUUGAGCAGUCCCAAACGCAACAUCUGUAUACUACCCAGCAGCCCUUUCACCCCCCGCAGACAGCAUACACCAUGCAAACACAACCCCCCUUUGCUAACCAACAGCCGUUCCCUGUGCACACUGCCUUUACCCCCCAGCAGCCAUUCCAAGCCGCUCAGACCGCCUACACUACCCAUCAGCCUUUCCAGGCCCCUCAGACGUCCUACCCUGCACAGCUGCCCUUCGCUGCUCACCCUUCUUUCCCCUUGCAGCCUCAGUUUGUCCCUCAAACUCCUUAUCCAGCGCAGCCUUUCUCCUACAGCCUAGGUCCAGAGCCCCCGAAAGUCCCAGCCAUGGAGUCUCGAGAAGUGGCGGCAUCACGCUCCUCCACCCCUGUCUUUGUGAACCGGGAGCCAGCAGCUUCACCACCGCUGUUUGAGUCACGGUGUAGCACACCUCUGCAGCUCAAUCUGCUGAGCAUGGAGGAGGGGCAGCGGUCAAUGGAACGUCAGGACAGCACAUUGGCCUCUGCUGGAUGCCAGGGCAGCAGCACAGCAGCAGGAGCCGGGGCAGUAGGGGAUAAGAACUGCUGCACAGCCAAGACUGAAAACCAUCAACAGGUGGAGUCUCCAGGAGAUGAGGCUCGCAGUGAGGGUAACUCCUCAUCCUGCGACCUGCUGGACAUCCUGCUGCAGGACGGGGAGGACUCUCACUCCGCCACGUCUGAAUCCAUGGGGUCAGGAUCAGGAUCGCGAUCGGGCUCUGGGUCGGGCUCUGGAUCGGGAUCAGGAUCGGGAUCAGGAUCGGGGUUGGGCUGCAACGGCUGUGGUACCUCCGCGAGUGGAGCCUCUGGCAGCAGAACAGGGAGCAGCCACACCAGCAAAUACUUUGGCAGUGUUGACUCCCUGGAAAACGACCCAAAGACGAAGGCCAACAAGGCUAGGAGCAAAGAAGGCUCUGAAGUGUGUCAUUCGCAGGCCAAAGUCUCUACGCAAGGGGAAGGAGAGCAUUUAAUCAAAUACGUUCUCCAGGAGCCCCUCUGGCUGCUUAUGGCUAAUGCUGACGACAAGGUCAUGAUGUCAUAUCAGAUGCCAUCGAGGGACAUUCAGAAGGUUCUACGGGAAGACAAGGAGAGACUGAGGCAGAUGCAGAAGAGCCAGCCCCAUUUCUCCUCAGACCAGCGACGAGAGCUGCUGGAGGAACACCCCUGGAUGAGGAGGGGAGGUCUGCCUGCUGCUGUCAAUGAGUGUGUGUACUGUGAGGACACAGUAAGGACGCCCAUUGAGGAGGACAUGCGGGACAUGGACAUGGAAGAGCUGAGCGAGCAGCUAAGCCGAGGGGGUCAAAACAAACAGAACCAGUCAAAGGAUUCUCAACCUCGACCAGACUCCGGCUCCUGAACAGACAUUUACCCUCACGUCGCCAGCAGGGGGACACAAAAAGACUUGACUAGCCCUGGACCCUCAUGAUGCACAAACUCACACACAUCGUGUGAGAUGUGCCUCUCCUCACAGAAACAUACAGACAAGCAAACAGUCAGAGCUUAUGAGGAUAUGCUUUGUUUUCUGUGUAUGAAUGUGUGUGUACUUUACAUAGGGUUGCUAUUGGGGUGCAGUUUUUUUUACACCCAUACAGGGGGCAGUAGUGCUUUAUAGUACUUUGUUCAGCAUACACACCAACACUCUGAAAUGGUCCAGGAUGUGUGGCUGGUGACCUUUUAACCUCUGCAAUUUUUUAUAAUCCAAUCCUCGCAGUCAGAGGCUGAGCUUUACAGCAAAAUGAAGAAUUGUUAUCAAAAGAAAUGUCUUGGUUGAUAGACAGUGAACCUAUUUUAAAUAUAAAUAUCCUAAAUUAGAAAUAUAUAUGAAUUAGAAAGGUUAUUCUGAAAAAAUAGUAGUACACUAGCUGUGGUGAUCAUUGGGUGAUCACCACAGGCACUCCACUCAGCGGUGCUUGCACUUGACUCCGCAGCAGUUUACAACGAGUGUAAACUCAAUGAUGACAAUCUGACACCUAGUGCAAAUCUGAUUUUAGAUCAAAUCUUAUUUAUUUUUUACAAGAUGAUGUAUGAAGUAGUUAUUUUUCUGCUCAAGCCAAAUCCACUCAGCUGAAAGAUGGUACUCACGAGCACAGUUUACAUGUGUUAAGAAUGAACACAAUAGGAUAUUUAAAGUCACUUCAGUCUGUAACUAAAAACUGGAGCUCACAUGUGUUGUGGACCACUGCAGACCUUAAAACAGCAUGAAGAGGUGGGCGUCAUCACAGCUUAAGAAGCUUUUUGUUCCAUUAAAAACAAUCUAAGUCAUAAUGUUGAUGAUGCACAACGGGACCGACAGGAUGAAGAGACUUAAGGCUGCCAAUCAAGUUCAAAGCUCAAGAAAUGUUUAUUUUUUCUAAGAUCCAUUUUCUUUUCACCUCCACUUUGUAUCUAAGUGAUACAGCCUGUUUUCUUUUUAUAGAUAGAAAUAUCUAUCUAUAUAUAUAAUAUAUACACACACAUAAAUAAUGUAAAUACAUGUUCUUGUUCUGUCUGUAUGGUGCAGCUCUACUACAAAAUGUCAUUUUUGAACAAAUCAUUAACAUUUUAGGGAUUUAUUCAUUAUGCAAAGUUACGUUGCCUCCAACUGCACCUUUUUAGAUUAGUUUCUGUGGAUUGGACUUCAUCUCCGCACUUAGAAACUUUCUUUUUUCUACUAUACUGGCAUAGUUCAAGGGCCACCAUGAGGACUCCCAGUCAUAAGUCUCUACAGGUGCCAUAGUACAGCUUCUUGAAUGCUCUGUCAUGGGUUUCGUGGUGGGACACAGCUUCAUGGUUUUAGCACACAAGGGGGACCAUGUUGGCAUCAGUGAGCUUCUGUAGAAACCAGGCUUACACACAGCACCCGCGCCGGCCGCUCGCCAUCCAACAGUUAGUAGUAAGGAAACUGUGGUCCACGUUGACUCUGUGUAGUCGAUGUGAACAGUGUGAGAACUGGGAACAACUGGUGCUAAGGGAGAGAAACAGUCAGGGCAAGGCCUUUGAAUGUAAAACAGACUGGACCCAAGAUUAUCUCAUUGGGUUAGUUUGUUUCUUCCUUUUUUGUUUUAGUUUUUUAUGAUUUCCUGUUCACUUUCAGAACCUUUUUUUGUAUUGCGCAAUUCUUUUUUAUCUUGUCUUGGGGAUGCACCUAACCUCUAACAAAUCCAGGGUCAUGUUACUGUAAGCAGAAAACCGUGUGUAUGCAUGUCGGCAAAGCACAACGGACAGAGCGGUCGGGUACUCGUGCGAUUCCCGUGAGCGACAAGAGUGUCUCCUACUGUUCCUAUGGAUGAGUGCAAAGAGAAAACAGGGCCCCGCAGUCACCUUUACCAGCUGCAUUCUAUCUUGUGUGCGAUUUAUGUUAAAGGGGCCGGGCCUCCAACACUCACGUGUGUCUGAACCAGUGAGAAUGCAAGAAUGUAAUUUAAUUCACGUCUGAGCUGAAGUGUGGGAAUGUGAUGUGAACGCAGGGAGUGAAGCCGCACGUGGUUUUUUAGCCUUACUUUUAAGGCCUCACAAAGAGGGAAAUGCAUUUAAAGUGCAAUACACACUGAUGGGCUGUUGGAGCACCCUGAUCUGUAAAUGCAAACAGCUGUGGCACAUGAUGUCGUGUAUGGUCUUAUAAAUUGGUGUCAUUGCCGCUGUAUGAAUCUGUGGUUUUUUAAACUUUUGUAGUUCAAAUGUGUUGUUUGACA